GCAAGCCGAUCAGUCAGUCAUCGUCGGUGAAUCGAAAUGCAAACUGCUUUUGCCGUUGCUGCUCGUCAUCGUCGUCACCGCCGCCUCAAAAAUUCUUGCUUCAUCAGCUCCGACUGCUGACCAAAAUCCAAAAAAAAAAGUCCGUUUCGCGUGGAAGCACGGAAGUGUGGACAUUCUUUCCCACAAAUCCCGAAGCAGGUAGGUUUCCGACAAGUGCGAAAGUGUCCGGAUCCGGUGGUCGCGUCGCGAAAUUCCGACAAAAUUUUGCUGGCAGCGAAACGAAAAAAAAAAAGAUUGUGGUGAAUCGUCUUCAUCAUCGAUGUCGUGGGUCGUCCGUCGCGCGGUGGGGUGUUGCUGAAGGAAAGAGCAGGACGUGGCCAGCGGCAAGUGCAGUGCGCCAGAGCGAGAGGGAAGUUGCAAAGUUGACCGUCGUCGUGCAGUGUGUUGGUUAAAAAUUUCUGCUGCGGCUGAUGAUUUUUGUGUGGAGUGUUGUGUGGGGUGGUGAAGGAAAAGAGUGGUGAGAAAGGAGCAAAAAAAAACGGGAGAAAGUGCUACUUUUGGCUGAUUUUUGCCCAGUGUGCGAAGAAGAAGCAUUAGGAGUUUUCGGAUGUAAUUUUGCGUGAUAAUCCUGUAGAUUGUGCAGGUUGCUCUGGUUUGGCUGACACAGGAUUACUACAAGGGCGGCCUUGCGGAGGAUUCCAACUGGAAUACAGUGGACAGGACAGCAGUCGUCGCCCAGUUCCGUGUGGAGUAGUGUUGGCCGAUUUUUGCUGCCCUCGGUUUCCUGUGUAUGUGUUGAGUUGAUUUGAGCGGAACCUUCGUGUAUACAGCAAGUUAGCAUGCAAAAUUAUCGGAAGAAUACGUAAAACAUCAUAGCUCGUAUAUCUUCAUUCGCUCUGAUUCUACCAUUCCACGGAUAUAGCCACGUUCAAAAUCAGCUUAUAGAGAUAGCAGCCCCUGUUAAAGGGGUACAAAGUGCAAUCGAUUCACAAUGGGGAAGCUACUGUCCAAAAUCUUCGGCAACAAGGAGAUGAGAAUAUUGAUGCUCGGUCUGGAUGCUGCCGGCAAAACUACUAUUCUAUAUAAGUUAAAAUUAGGUCAAUCGGUAACGACAAUUCCAACAGUCGGCUUCAACGUCGAAACCGUAACGUAUAAGAAUGUCAAAUUCAACGUGUGGGACGUGGGUGGACAGGAUAAAAUUAGACCAUUGUGGAGGCACUAUUACACAGGCACACAAGGGCUCAUAUUCGUAGUGGAUUGUGCAGACCGGGAUCGAAUAGACGAAGCACGGCAAGAACUGCACAGGAUAAUCAACGACCGAGAGAUGCGAGAUGCCAUCAUACUGAUAUUUGCCAACAAGCAGGAUCUACCAGAAGCAAUGAAACCUCACGAGAUCCAGGAGAAGCUCGGCCUGACGCGGAUACGCGAUCGCAACUGGUACGUGCAACCGUCGUGUGCGACGACCGGCGAUGGCCUGUACGAAGGCCUAACGUGGCUCACAUCGAACCACAAGUUAUGAGAGUAAUUGUUGCGGCAACAACAACCAGCAGUAGCAGCAGCAGCAAUCCAGCAGCAGUAGCAGUAGCAACAACAGCAAGAACAAAUCCCCCUAAAGUCAGCGAAUACUGUGAGCGCUCUCGCGUGGACGGCCUCUUCAGGACGAUCAUCGUAAUUAUCACCAUCAUCACCACACCGCCGCUAAUCAGUUGGAGUUGAAGAGCCUCAUCACGCGCGCAGUAGACGAAGAUGAAUGUGUGGGUUCAAGUGCGGGGAUGGAUGAGUGUGCGAUGUUGAUUCAGAGGGAGUGAGCGAGUGAGAAUUCGCAGCGUGAUGUUGUGUGAUGUUGCCAAUCCUUAUUAUUCCUAGAAUGUUACUUGAAGCGCACUCCGGCGCGUUCCCUCCAAGAUAUGAAACAAACAGCAAACAAAAAACUUGAAACAAGCAACAAAACAACUCUACUACCUAACUGCUAUUAUUACUAUUAUACACUAAUUGCUAUGAUUACCUACUACUACUAUCACUACUGUCUCGGGUAUCGCUAUUUCCGUUUAUCCUUAUAUUGUUUCGGUUUUUACACACUCCGCGCGCGUAUUAACAGAAAUAUACCGAAUAUUUUACCCUUUCUCUCGGAAUGUUGGAGAAAGGCAUUAAGAACGACGGGUGUCAUCUUUAUUGUUGAAGAUGCAUAAUGUUACGUGAGAAAAAAAAACAUGGAAGGAUAAGUCCCUCGUUGCGCAUUGUUACUAACCGAAAUUAUUCCACUCUCUCGACUUCUUUUGGCAUAAUGCUUUUUUGGCAUAAAUACUCUUAGACGUAGGAACACUGUAGCUUCUUCUUUUCAUGUUAAUUGUUCUUCUUCGUGUUAUGCCACACAGCAUUAUGUCUUACGAGCCUGAAAGCACGUAAUGGGAUACGACGUUGUUCCGAAUAUAGAUAAACGCCAAGAGGAAUUCCUCCAAGAACAAGGGGAUAGUGUGUUCAAACUGGCGAAAGUUAGUCCUAAAUUCAUACCCCACACUAAAAAAAUCCAUAGCAAAAAGAGCGAAAGUAGUCGAACAAACUCUAGGAGGGCCGUAUUUUAUUUGUAUAUAUGAUCGAGGGAUAAACUAAGCUGAUUGAAUUGCAACACAAAGCUUGAAGAUUGAAAAUAACACGAAAAUGAAAUAAAAGUGAAAAUAUUAAAAUAUUUUGUAAGCAAUUGUAUGAGAUAAUGUGGCGAAACAAGGGGUAAAAGACGAGCGAAUUUCCAAUGAUCAGCCACCAAACAAGCACUAGUAGAAAACGAAAAAGAUACAAGACAAAAUGGAGAAACAGCGUCGCGCAUCAUCCGUAUUCCAGAGAAGUUUACAUAUAUUGUACAUAUUAUAGAUGGCAAACAGACAUAGCAGAACACACAUAAAUCAAUAUUUAAACAAAAAUUAUGAAGGAAACCGAAAACAGCAAACACAAAUAGGGAAUUACUGAUAACAGCAAAUAACUAUGCAAUCAUCACCACAGACUAGAAGAUAUUAAACUCUCUGCGGCGAAGUUCGGAAAGCUUUCGCAACAGUGUGUGUCGUUUUCCGAGCAGAUUGUUCACUGAUGAUUGUGUAUUUUUUCAACUACAAAAAAGUUUAGUUGUGGAAGAAAUACACAUUCAUCAGCAAAAUGGCACACGCAAAUUUCCCAUCUAUUCCGCUCCAUCUAGAAACAGUUACACUGAAUAACGCAAUUACACUAGUGUUAUCGAAACCCCAAAUGCAAAUUCAUAAAACAAAAGAAAUUGUUGUAAAAUUCAACCGCAGGAAUUACGUACGUGCGUGAUAAUCGUUCGUUUGCGCUAUUUGCUUGCAUGCUUGUAUGAGUGAGUGCGCGCGUGUGAUUGUAUUUGUGUUUCGUCGAUAGGCAUCAUGUUGUUUUUCCCAAGUGUAAGCUUUGUGAAACGAUCAACCCCGCUCCCCACAAACACCACCACCACCACCACGAGUACGUUUUAUCGCGCCCCCUCCGUCUUUGAUUAUUAUUUAUAUAGGUACGUUGACGACGAUCGAUCGCGAACCGUUGCGCCUCAUGUUUAAACUAGUUAGGACACCUUAUUUUCCUGCGUUCUUGUCAUCGUACAGAUUUAUUUUUAUUUGUUUAGAUUAGAGCUAUUUUGUGAGAUGAAAAGGAAACGAAAGGGGGGAAAUACAUAGGAACUAAUCAUUUUCCCUGCUGCGAUCAUCAUCAAUUGUGUACUAGUUGUUUAUAAUUAUUUCAUCAGAAAAAAAGUACGUGUGACGUGGAAGAAAGCAGUGAAGGUAAAAGAUGACGAAAGACGUUUGACUCACAAAACAGUUAUGUUGAGGGAUGAAGAGAAAGAAAAAAGAAAUAUAAAAACGAUUAAAAGCAUAGGGAAAUUCAGAAGCAGGAGAGAAUACGCUAAAUGAAAUAUAAAUGCUAAGAUGAUAAAAGGAAAACAUGAGAAACGAAAAACACAUGAAAACAACACAGUAACAGAAAAUAUUAUUAGAAAUGUAUUUUAGCAUUUAUAGCGAACAAGAAAAACAACUGAAAAACAGAUUCAAUAAAACUAGAAAUCUACAUCUCAAAAACA